GGAGAUUUGCACGACUAACUUCUAGAACAUGAACUUGUGUUUUCUGGCAUUCCUCCUCCUUUGUUACUCCAAGCAAGGCUGGACGGACGAUGUGACUGAUCCAGAGGAUGGAGUGGAUCCUGUAAUUCCUCUCAUUCCACUGACUCCAAGUAAACCCAUAUCAGAUUUGAAGGCCACUCUUGACCCCACUGUAACAGAAGAACUCACAGUUAAUCCAGAUGGCCUGGAAGCAGAUCCUCCAACACCAGGUCCCUCUAGUGGGCAGAAAGAGGGAUCGUCGGAGGAAGAGCUUGAUACCCUUUGUGAUGGGGACAUGACAGGCAAACAGAUAAAACGGACCAUAGGCAACGGCAUUAUGAAGCUUGGCCUUUUGUUCCUGGAAAACUUGAAGCCUAGUCCAGAUCAACCUAAUGUCAUCUUUUCUCCUCUUAGCUUGUCGGUAGCACUCUCACAGCUAGCACUGGGAGCAACGAAUGAUACAGAAGAGCUGCUUCUACAUCACCUGCAUGCCGAUGCUCUGCCCUGCUAUCACACUGCCCUCAGCAGCCUACUGCGCAACUUCCGCAAAAGGAGCAUGCCAAUCGCCAGCCGCAUCUAUCUGAAAACGGGAUUUAAAGCGAAGUCUGACUUUAUGGAAGAUUCUCAGAAACUGUAUGACUCAGAGCCGGCCACUUUGACUGAUGUUAAUGACGUCAAUGAAUGGGUCAAGAAAGUCACAAAUGGGCACAUCUCAGAGUUUUUGUCCAGCCUGCCUCCCAGCGCUGUUAUGAUGCUCAUCAAUGCUAUGCACUACAAAGGAGAGUGGCUCACACGCUUUGACCCUCAUUUCACCUCCACUGAGAAUUUCUACAUAGAUGAAAACCAGAUUGUUAAUGUGGACAUGAUGCUUGGGCCAAAGUAUCCUCUCAGCGUGUUCACCCAUCAUGAGCUUGAUGCCCAGGUUGCUCGAUUCCCUUUUAAAGGCGAUAGGAGUCUCUUGGUGGUAAUGCCAACAUCUGGACAUGUGAACGUGUCAGCCAUCGCAGCAAAGCUCAAUAUAUCAGAUCUUUACAGUCGAUUGCCACGAGAAAGAAACAUGCAGGUCAAACUACCUAAAUUUAAACUCGAUUUCAACCAGGACCUCCAAGAGGCCAUGACAAGCAUGGGUUUAGGAAAGCUGUUUAGUCACCCAAAGCUUGAUCGCAUCACAGAGGUCCCCUUGUUUGUGUCCAGUGUGCAGCAUAUGUCCAGCGUUGAGAUAAAUGAAGAGGGGGCAGAGGCAGUGGCCGCAACAAGUGUGGUCAUCUCACGUUCCAAUCCUUCAUUUACUGUCAACCAGCCAUUUUUCUUUGCCCUGAUGGAUGAUUUGAGUCAAACACCAUUGUUCCUCGGAGUAAUUUCCAAUCCAAACCCUGGAGCAUCCACUAUGAUCACAAACCCUGGCAAUGCAGACAAAACUGAUGACAAGCCUUUUGAGGUUCAUCCAAAAUAGAUUAUUUUCAUGCUCUUACAAAAUGAGUCUAUAAGCGAUUGCUGACUAUGUAGUCUGUCCCCACUGGGAGGCAGAUUUAGUAUAUCUACUUAAAGUAAAUUUUUUAAGAUCAUUUGAAAUUACUACCCCCUGUAUGAAUUAAUUUUCUAAAUGCACUAAUCUUGUUUAAAAAUGGUCAUGAUUUCUUUUUUCUUUCUUUCUUUCUUUCUUUCUUUCUUUUUUUUUAAUAAAAGAAAUUUGACCAGAUA